GCCCACACGUCGCUCAGGUGAAUCCAGCCCAAUACCCUGGUGUGACAUCACACCCACUGCACGUCAGGCUCGUCAAACCGGUGUUGAAGCUCGCACCGUUCGGAACACAGGAAGUGUGUAGUGCUGCAGCGCUGUUUGUGGGACCUUUUUCUAAAAAGUUGCCCCGAUCAAUUUGAAUAGUGCUAAUGGAAAGAAGAAACAACGUUGGUUAAGGGGAGUUCAAAUAAACUGAUUUACCACGAAAAGAAGAGGAAUGGAGACCAAUGUGAACGAGAGACAACCAGGUAUGGAGGGAGAUCCAGACCUUCAGUUCCUCCUUCAGGGUGGAGAUCUUCUCAAAGUUCGCUCCCAAUCCUGGAAGAAGACCCGAUACUUCAGGCUCCAGGAGGACUGCAAAACCAUGUGGCACGAGUCCAAGAAACCCUUCAGGAAAACCCCCACCUUUUCCUUGUAUGAUGUCUCUGCCUUACGUUUGGGCCGUCAGUCGGAGGGUUUGAAGAAGUACACAGAAGAGCAGGUGGACGGGCGCUGCUUCUCCAUCAUCUUCAAAGGUCAUCACAAAAACCUGGAUCUGAUGGCCAGCUCUGAGGAGGAGGCCAAACAGUGGGUCAACAGCAUGGAGAAGAUGAUCACCAGUUUAAACAACCUGAACCACCAGGAGAAGACUGAGCAUUGGAUUUUAACAUGUAUGACGAAGGCAGACAAAAACAAGGAUGACAAACUGAGUGAAUCCGAGGUCAAAAACUUCAUGCGUUUAAUCAAUGUUGAUGUGGAUGACGAAUACACUGAAAUGCUCUUUAAGAAAUGUGACACAUCAAAAACAGGAUAUCUGUCUGGAGAGGAGAUCAAGCAUUUAUAUGAAUUGUUAACCGAUCGAGAGGAAAUUGAUGUAAUUUAUGGAGAAUACGCCAGAACCACAGGGUACAUGAAUCCUGACAAUCUGGUGGAGUUUCUAAUGAAGGAGCAAAGAGAGAAGGCUUCACUGACAGACGCCCACAGGAUUAUUGACCAGUGUGAGCCAGAUGACGCAGCCAAAGCCAAGAAGCUGCUGUCCAAAGAUGGGUUCCUCAUGUACCUGCACAGGCCUGAGACCUUCAUCCUGAAUCCGGACCAUAAAGAUGUGUACCAGGACAUGAGCCAGCCCCUGAACCACUACUUCAUCUCCUCCUCCCACAACACUUACCUCAUGGAGGACCAACUCAAGGGGCCCAGCAGCACCGAGGCCUACGUUAGGGCUCUUCUUAAGGGCUGUCGUUGUGUGGAGCUGGACUGCUGGGACGGCUCAGACAACGAGCCAGUGAUCUACCAUGGCUACACUCUCACCUCUAAGAUCCUCUUUAAAGAUGUCAUCAAAGCCAUCAAGCAGUACGCAUUUAAGACUUCUGAAUACCCAGUGAUCCUCUCUCUGGAAAACCACUGCAGCGUGGAGCAGCAACAAGUCAUGGCCUACCAUAUGAGUUCAAUCCUGGGCAGUGCGCUUGUUACCAAACCCUUGGGAGAAGGCAUGCCCUCAACCUUCCCAUCUCCAGAGGAGCUAAAAGGGAAGUUCUUGAUCAAAGGAAAGAGGUUAAACAAACUUGAGUCCCUCUUCAAACAAGAAGCAGACACUGAAGAUACAGAUGUUACAGAAGAGGAGGAGUCAGAUGAUGAAGAAGAGGUUCAGAAGAAAAAAAAAAAGAAGUUGAAACUUGCCAAAGAGUUGUCUGACAUGGUGAUCUACUGCAAGAGUGUUCAUUUUGACGGAUUUGACAAUGCAAGAAACCACUUGAGCUUCUAUGAGAUGUCGUCUUUCAAGGAGGGAAAGGCAAAGAAGUUAGCAACAGAGUCUGCUAAUGCUUACAUUCGUCAUAAUGUGGACAAACUGAGCCGUAUCUAUCCUGCCGGCUCUAGGACGGACUCCUCCAACUACAAUCCAGUGUCGCUAUGGAACGCCGGUUGCCAGCUUGUUGCCUUAAACUUUCAGACAACUUGUGAGGACAUGGAUGUGAACCAGGGCAAAUUUAUGGUGAAUGGAAAGAGUGGGUACAUUCUGAAACCAGCCUAUUUGAGAGACAGGGCCACAGACUUUGACCCCAUCACCCUAACCAGAGGAGAAUGGCUCCGACACAAGAUAUUUCAUGUUAUGAUUAUAUCAGCUCAGCAGCUUCCAAAAGUCAGCAAAAAGAAAUCCUCAAUUGUAGAUGCAGUAGUUAAAGUGGAGAUCCAUGGGGUCCCAGCAGAUGUGGCCACAAAAGAGACCCACGUAAUUCACAACAAUGGUUUUAACCCAUCAUGGAAUGAAAGCUUCCAGUUUGAUGUCUAUGUACCAGAGUUGGCAUUGGUGAGAUUUCUUGUGGAAGACUAUGACUCCACAUCUGAUAAUGAAUUUGUCGCCCAAUGCACGCUUCCCUUCAAUAGUCUUCAAAUGGGUUACAGACAUGUUCUUCUACUGAACAAGAGCGGAAACAUCCUUCCAUCAGCCAGACUUUUUGUUCAUGUCAUGGUUGUUGAUGCUUAAUGUCCUUCUUUUUUUUUUUUUUUCGUACUAAACCAUGAUUUUUUUUAUUCGUUUUGAUUUUGUGUUUUAAUUUAUUGACUCUGGCACUAGUUACUAGUUACAUACUGGUUAAACAGCACUGUAGAGCUUUUUUUUUUUCAGAAAAUAUUGUACAAAAACAUUUUUAACAAUCUUUUUAUUAUCACCUUAUUUUAUGUUCCAAUCUUUAGUUUUAAUAUUUUAAUGAAUUCAGACAUUAAACACAUCAAAAUGUGUGCAGGCUCAGACUUUAGGAGGAUUAUUUUUCUUGUCAAAUCAGCACUGCACUUCAUUUUAUAAAUGAAUAUUUGAAAUAUUCAACAAACUGCUGUUUCAUGUGUUGAAUUGUUACAUAAAACAUCAGCUAAUCUUCUGCUUAUCUGGUGGCCAAGUUUGAAAGGCACUUGCCUAACAAGCCAAUCCCUUUUUGUAAACUACUGUAAAAGUGCAUGGUCUUAACUGGCCAGGUAAGCAAGGCACUGGUCUUUAGCUCUUAUGGGAAAAGUCCCAAGAUGACCUUGCAAGCAGACCAAAACCAAGAUAUCCACCUCCUUAAUCUAUAAUAUUACACUAGUUCUCAUUUGGUAUUAUUGUCUGCCACUUUUAUUAAUGUUUUAAUCUGCAUUAGUGGCAUGGUUAUUUUUUUUUUACCAUAAUGCUUCAACAAAAUUUAAACUUAAUAUUUAGAGAACAUAUUCCAUAGAAAUUCUAAUAUACCCACUCACCACAGUAACAGGUACUCCUUGUUAAGAGGCAAUUUAAUAUGAACUUUGAGAGGACACACCUUUUGUACAUAUUACAGUGCUGCUACUAAAAGUAUGUUAUACAAAGCACUCACCAAUGUAUCGUUUGAAUGAAAGUGACUUCAAAAACGUAUUCAAAUGUGCUUUAUUGUAACAUAUCUGGGACAAAAUGACAGUCUUUAUAUUCUAACAGCAACUAAGUCAGAAGUAAUGAUUCUUUGGCCUUGGCAUAAAAUUAUGAAUUUUAAAAACAAAAGACAUGACAAACAGAUCAAAUGACACUUUUUUUAUUAUGGAAAUCGACAAAAUAAACGUAUGCUCAGGAUGACAACAUGCGGCCAACACUCAAAAGAAAAAGCCAACAAGAAGUGACAAGGUUGAAAUGAAAACUUUAAAGUGAACCUGCCCCAGAAUAAUUAUCUCAAACUCAAGUGUUUCUGAACUUCAGUGUAACAGGUGUGUGAAAAUGAGUGAAACAAAAACAAUGCUUGUGCUGGCACGCAUGAAUGUCCCAUGAAAGGACAAGACCUGACUCAGAUUUUACUGAAGGCAAGAGAGAAAACUGUAGGGUGGAACAUAGACCGGAAAAAUGACAAUGAUGCAACAUGUUGAACCAAAUACUGAAUAAGAGGGUAGAAAAAUCUGACCGAUAUACAAACAAUGUCAGAAAAGAGACCACGGAGGUCAAGAAGAGUCAAACAAUUUUUUGAAAGACAUUGCACUGAACCACCUUGAGCACAACACUCACUACCAACAAUGUACAGGGCAAAUAUGUGUUCAUAUGUUUACGGGUUGCAAUCAUUUUUGAAAUGGUUUAGGCGGUCCAAAUUUCACAUUAUAAAAGGCAUUUUGUUUCACAGAUUUAAGAAACCAGAAUACUAGAAAAUGUGUACUGAAUUAAUAAAAAAACUGAAUG